AUGGGAGCAGCUAUUGCAGUAAGAAAUCGACAUUGGUGGUUCAGAGGAUUGUAUGAUGAUUAUAUUGGAAGAGAAACAAGACUUUCAUUUGGUUUAGCAGCAGUUAUUUGGAUUCCUCAUUAUGUCUACGGAGUCUAUUUGAAUAGAACAAUUGAAACAAAUACAUCCCAUAAGAUCUAUUCAAUGGAAGUGGGACCUUCUAGAAAUAGGUUGACACAUUCAAUGAUCUUUGAACAAUUUGAAAUGGUGUUGGAAAAUUGGGAAGAACUCAAUAAAGAGUAUGCAGAGAAAGGGAAAAAGAUGCUCUAAGAAUGAUAAUGGCAUUAUUAUAUAUUAAUAUAAAUACAAAACAAAAUAUUGAUAUAAUAA